GGCCUAGCCUUUUGACGCGGCAUCGAGAGAAGCGCCAGGGAGACGCAUCGAAGAAAGGCGAAGCCCUUCUUUCUCCUCCUCUCUCCUCUUCCCUUCCCUUUCCCCAGUUCUCUUUCCCUUUCUUCUCUUCUCGUGGUGGAGAUCUGGAGGAGAAAGUUUACUCGCCUGAUUCUUGUUCUCGAUCGUGUGGGUUCGAUAAUGGAGCAGCUCGUCAAUUUCAUCAUCCGCCCCCCAAGAGCUGAUUACAGUCCACAAGAUGAUUUGUUGGAGCAGGAGUUUAUGCUGAAGGGACGAUGGUUUCAGAGGAAGGACUUGGAGGUCAUAAAUGGUCGAGGAAAGAAACUUCAGUGCAGUCACUAUGUACCCCUUGUGAUUCCAGAAGGAAAAGUUUUACCUUGUGUUAUAUACUGUCAUGGAAAUAGUGGUUGCAGGGCUGAUGCUAGCGAAGCCGCUAUUGUUUUGCUGCCCUCAAACAUUACUGUGUUUACACUUGACUUUUCGGGGUCUGGACUCUCUGAAGGAGAACAUGUCACUCUAGGAUGGAAUGAAAAAGAUGAUCUUACAGCCGUGGUUGAUUAUUUGAGGACCGAUGGAAAUGUCUCUUGCAUUGGUUUAUGGGGACGCUCAAUGGGUGCUGUGACCAGCUUGAUGUAUGGAGCUGAAGAUCCAUCCAUUGCGGGAAUGGUGCUUGAUAGCCCAUUUUCUAAUUUGGUGGACCUAAUGAUGGAACUUGUUGAUACAUACAAGUAUCCAUUACCAAAAUUUACUGUAAAGCUUGCAAUUCAGCAUAUGCGCAAGAUUAUCAAGAAGAAAGCGAACUUUGAUAUCAUGGAUCUUGAUACCAUUCAGGUGGCGAAACGUUGUUUUGUGCCGGUCUUGCUGGGACAUGCCAUUGAUGAUGAUUUUAUACGUCCACACCAUUCAGAUGAUAUAUAUAGUUCCUAUGUUGGAGACAAAAACAUCAUCAAAUUUGAUGGAGAUCACAAUUCCCCACGCCCUCAAUUUUACUUUGAUUCAAUAACUAUAUUCUUCCACAAUGUAUUAGACCCUCCAAAGUCUGUCUCUGAUGAGCUUUAUUUUCACAGAAUGCAUGACUUUUUUGGUCAGGAUAAUUGGGAUAACGUGCAUGAAUAUGAGAAUCAAAAUUCUGUUGAACCACCUCAAGAACUUGCACCUAGCGGCACGGAAGAUGCUAUUGCUCAAUUGCGUUCGCGGAGACCUAUGAGUCGGACAGAGGUUCCUCGUGAUAUUUCCUCCCAAGAGAAACAACAUGAAGAUGAGGAACAUGGAAGCACAUGUAAUGUUGGUCCAUCAUCUACACUAUAUCCUGAAGAUUUUUCUAGUGGUGACUCGUAUGGUUGGCUUACCCCACAAACAAAAGAAAAUUUUCUGGAGUUUCUUCCACUCGAAAGUCUACCAGAUGUGCCAUGCAGCAUUGAAGAUGAAGAAAGGAUGAUCAUGGAAGCAAUGAUAGAAUCACUCAAGGAUCUGGAGAUGAGGCACCAGCAAGAUACUCACUCCGCUGUAGAUAGUGCGACAUCCAAAUCAGCAGAUGACUUGGAAGCUUUCACUGGAGAGUCCGGCGGUCCAAAUGACACAGCUGAAAGAUCGACAUCAUCGAGCACAAGUUGUAACUCAACUGUGGAUCCAAACCUCAAUCAGUCGCAAGAUGUUGAAGCAGCUUGCAAGAAUUCUGCCGGUUGUGUUACAUUGGGUGAUGAUUGUGGUGAAGUCAACAGAAGCACCUCAGCACAGGAUGCUGAUGCUGAUGCUUCAGCUGGCACACGAGCCACACUUGUUGUUCAGAAGAACCCGACGAGCCACAUCAUGGAGGGGUUAUCACGGAGGUGGGGUCUGAACUUCUUUAAGAACAAUCAAUAGGGUCGGAAGGCAAUGUUCCAAAAAAUUUGAUAUGUAUCUGAUCGGUAGUUGUUUCUGUGAUGUGAUGUAUACGACGUAAAUAUGUACCCUUCGCGACCAGGUGUCCUAUUCUGAUCCCCUCCACACAUUAAUUCAUUGGUUGUAAAAAAGAAUGGAAUCUAACCAACAAUAAUUUUUCA